AGACCAGAGCAGCGCUGACAGUUCCUCCUCACACACAAACCUCUCAGCCCCGCACACAGAGGCACUACAUGCUAAUCUAUGGAUAACCCUGGAGCGGACCUGUUUUUGAGGAUCCCAGUCUGACCUGCUCUUGGGCCACCGCGGCGUCUCUGAUUGGCUGAAGAUUCAAAUGAACUUAAUUACAGCAGAGUGUGUGAGUUGAGUGUGUGAGUGUGUGAGUGUGUGAGUGUGUGAGUGUGUGAGGUGAGUGUGUGAGAUUAAAGAGGACAUGACGGCACAGGCAGAGCGAGCGUGUGGUCCCUCCCUGUGAGCUGAAGCUGGGGUCAUGUCUGAAACGCGGCUAAUGGUUUUCCUCCAGUGACAUGAAGGUUUCACCAGGAUGACCUCACUGUGUGAGACAGACUGAGUCCAGACGACACAGGAGACGAUGGCGUCCGGUGGGAAGCCUCGUCAGGAGAGCUCGUUUUACUCCAUAUUCUCCUGCUGUUUCAAAGAGCGUGAGCCGCAGCAGCCGGAGAUCACCUAUCGCCAUGACAACCAGAGCACGUUCAUCGGCCUGGAGCCCGCUCUGCCCAUGCCCCCCGAGCACGAGCUGGACGCCCGCUUCACUGAGCUGGUGGACGAGCUGGAUCUCACUGAGGAGCACAGAGCUCGGAUGUUUGCUCUGCCGGCAGAGAAGAAAUGGCACAUUUACUGCAGUAAAAGGAUGGAAGCAGAGGAGGACAAAGGGGCGACUCGUUGGCCCGAUCACUACAUCGACCGUCUGAACAUGACAGCGGGGAGGACUUUUCUGUAUUUGGACGGAGAGGACGACAGCAGCCGACAAAAACUGGUGGAGGGUCUGAAGACGGCGCUGAGGACGCAGCCGCUGAGGUUUGUGACGCGCUUCAUCGAGCUCGACGGUUUGUCUUGUCUCCUGAACUUCCUGAAGAAGAUGGACUACGAGACGUCGGAGUCCAGCGUCCACACGUCUCUGAUCGGGUGCAUCAGCGCGCUCAUGAACAGCACCCAGGGGCGAGCACACGUCCUGGGGCACCCCGAGAGCAUCAACAUCAUCGCGCAGAGUCUGGCCACGGAAAACAUCAAGACCAAGGUGUCGGUGCUGGAGAUCCUCGGAGCGGUUUGCCUGGUGCCGGGGGGACAUAAGAAAGUGCUGGAGGCCAUGACGCACUACCAGACGUUUGCAGCAGAGAGGACUCGGUUUCAGAGUCUGGUGUACGACCUGGACAGAUCCACGGGUCGUUACAGAGACGAAGUGAAUUUAAAGACGGCGAUUAUGAGUUUUAUUAACGCUGUGCUCGUGAAAGGAGCUGGAGAGACCAGUCUUGAGUUUCGGAUCCACCUUCGAUACGAGUUUCUGAUGUUGGGGAUUCAGCCGGUGAUCGACAAACUGCGCUCACAUGAAAACGCCACUUUAGACGUACAUCUCGACUAUUUUGAGAUGCUCCGAAAUGAAGAUGAACUCCAGCUCAGCAAACGCUUUGACACGGUGCACGUCGACACCAAAAACGCCAGUGGGAUGUUUGAGGUUCUGAGGAAGAAGCUGAGCCACACGGAGCUGUACCCGCACUUCCUGUCGGCCCUGCAGCACUGCCUCAUGAUGCCCCUCAAACCGAGCAGCACGUCUCGACAGUACUGGGUUUUACUCGACAGAAUCGUCCAACAGAUCGUUCUGCAGACGGAGAAAGGAGAAAACCCCGAUGUCGCUCCGUUAGAAGAAUUCAACGUCAAAAACAUCGUCCGCAUGUUGGUCAAAGAAGACGAGGUCAAACAAUGGAAAGAACAAGCGGACACAAUGAGAAAAGAGCAUCAGAACCUGCAGCAGCGAUUCGACCGUAAAGAACGAGAGUGUGAGGCCAAGAGCAAAGAGAAGGAGGACAUGCUGGAGAUGCUCAACAAGAUGAAGGACAAACUGGAGCGAGAGACAAACGAACUGAGACAAACCAAACAGCAAGUGGCCGAACUGUCGACGAGACUCCAGCAACUGGGCGCCAGCUCCACUGUUCCCGGAGGACCUCCUCUGUCGUCAGGUGGUCUCGCUCCCAUCGGACCUGUCCCGCCUGGCCCCUCUCCUCCUCCUCCUCCGCCUCCUCCUCCUCCCCCGGGUGGACCUCCGGGGUUUGGAGGCUUCCCGUUUGUCCCGCCCCCUCCUCCGCCUCCUGGAGCCCCCAUGGGACCCGCGACAGUGAAGAACAUCCCCAAACCUGCAAACCCCAUGAAGUCGUUCAACUGGAGCAAACUGCCACAGAACAAGGUGAAUGGCACAAUUUGGGAAGAAAUAGAUGACCUCAAAGUGUUCAAAACUCUGGAUCUGGAGGAGUUUCAGAAAACCUUCUCAGCCUAUCAGAGGCCUCAGAAAGACACUGAGGACGAGGUGAAGAAGGUGAAGGAGCUGUCGGUGAUCGAUGGUCGACGAGCUCAAAACUGCAACAUUUUGCUCUCAAGACUGAAGUUGACCAAUGAGGAGAUUGGACAUGCGAUUCUGAGCAUGGACGAACAAGAGGACCUCCCCAAAGACAUGCUCGAGCAGCUCCUGAAGUUUGUCCCAGAAAAGAGCGACGUUGAGCUUCUGGAGGAGCACAAGAACGAGCUGGAGCGAAUGGCCCGAGCAGACCGCUUCUUCUACGACAUGAGCAGGAUAAACCACUACCAGCAGCGGCUCCAGUCUCUUUACUUUAAGAAGAAGUUUGCAGAAAGACUGGAGGAGGUGAAGCCUAGAAUCAAAGCUCUGAGUCUGGCGUCUCGAGAGGUGACGAGGAGCGUUUCACUGCGACAUCUUUUAGAAAUAGUUCUGGCUUUUGGAAACUACAUGAACAAAGGACAAAGAGGAAACGCGUUUGGAUUUAGGAUCAACAGUUUGAACAAGAUCGGCGACACCAAGUCCAGCAUCGACAAAAGCGUCACUCUCCUCCAUUACCUCAUCACUGUGUUGGAACAGAAAUAUCCAAAAGUCAUGACGUUCCGUGAAGAUCUAAAAGACGUGCCAGAGGCGGCGAAAGUCAAUAUGACGGAGCUGGAAAAAGAGAUCGGGAGCCUCAGGUCGGGUCUGAAACUCGUUGAAUCGGAGCUCCAGCACCAACAGUCUCAGUCGUCCCAGGGCCCGGGGGAUAAGUUUAUCCCUGUGGUCAGUCAGUUCAUCACCGUCGCCACGUUCAGCUUCUCAGAGGUGGAAGAGUCUCUGAGUGAGGCCAAAGAGCUGUGUGCCAAGGCUCUGAGACACUUUGGAGAGGACUCGUCCACCAUGCAGCCUGAUGAGUUUUUUGGGAUUUUUGACUCUUUCAUGACGUCGUUCUCAGACGCCAAACAGGACAAUGAGAAUAUGAUCAAACGUAAAGAAGAGGAAGAGAAGCGAGCGCUGAUGGAGGCAACGCUGAAGAGAGAAAGAGAGAAAAAAGCCAAAGCCAACGAGGACGGUGACCGCAGCGGAGAGUUUGACGACCUCGUGUCUGCUCUGAGGUCAGGAGAAGUGUUUGACAAAGACAUGUCCAAAAUGAACCGGAGGAAACACAGAAAACUCCAGCAGUUUGACUCGAGUCGAGAGAGACCUGCCUCUAAACUGAAGGACUAAUGUGCACUUUACACACACUGGACAGAGACGUGAACGUGUCCAGGACGACUGGACCGAGGAGGAACGUGCACUUUACAGACACUGGACACAGGUCUGUACUGGACGACUGGACCCAGUGCUGCUGAAAACGCUGCUGCUGCACAAGUUUAUGUGACUAUACAAUCUUGUAAUGAUGUUCUGUGUAUUUAUUCUGAGCUGCUGCCAGUGUUUAAAGUCUGAGUCAGAAAAUAAAUGUUUGAAAAAAUAAUGAAUAAAGAAAAUUAUUGAUCAGGACAAAGACUCUAAAGUCACAUCUGGAGCAGAGUUAUAUAUAAAUAUAUAUAAAUCUAUAUUUCAGAUGCUUAAAUAAACAGACUUAAAUGCC